AUGGGUAGUUCAUAUGAAGCAAUUGGUCCGGCAGAAAAUAUUGCAUUAUCACCUGAAGAAAAAAAGGUGGAAAAUAAUGUUGAACAAAAAGCGCAAAAAGUAGCCAAUAAAAAAGAGACACAUUCAGGUAAAUAUGGCUGUCAGAUUAACGGAUUAUUCUUUCAUGUUCGUAUUUAUCAGUGA